UGGCGCGCUCAAAUAAUCUCGUUCUCUGGGGGUUUGUCCUCUUGAGUUUUAUGCAUAUUAGCUUAAGGAUUUCGGGAUGUUGAGCAAUUUGCUUCUUACAGCGCUCACUGCUGGGCUGGCCCUAGAGGCUGUAGCUAGUCCAGUCACUACCCCAAGGCGGCGUGAGAUUCCAUCGACUCACAUUCUUCACGAGCGCCAUGCUACUCACUGGGGUAAUAUGUGGACAAAAAGGACGAAAGUGCCGGCCAAGGCUGUUCUUCCUAUGCGUAUUGGGUUGAAACAAUCCAACUUGGAGGCCGGCCAUCAGAGGUUGAUGGAGAUUUCGAACCCCGAGUCCGCAGAUUACGGAAAGCAUAUGAGCGCUGAGGAAGUGAUCACCUUUUUUGCUCCAAAUGAAAAUAGCGUUGAUGCUGUCCAAGAUUGGCUUCAGAGCGAGGGCAUUUCUCCCGACCGCAUCACGCUGUCGGCGAAUAAACAGUGGGUGCAAUUCGACGCGACAGCCGACGAGGUAGAAAACCUCCUGUUCGCGGACUUUUAUGUAUGGGAGCACUCUGACGGGAGCACUGACUUGUCUACGGACUCCUACCACGUUCCUUCAAAGAUUCAAGAACACAUCGACUACGUGACCCCAGGCACUAGGCUACGGUCGAGGCAGCACGCUGCUAAGGAGAAGAAGAUGAAGCGCUCUGGUUUCAAGAACGACGUGCGACCUUUCAUUACCAAGCUGCCGACAUUCCCUGAGCCCAACUCAACUACAUGUUCCAUCUACGUAACUGCUGAAUGCACUCGAGCGCAGUAUAACAUACCAAAGGGAUCGACCAAGUUUCCUGGAAACGAGCUUGGCAUUUUUGAGAGCAUAGACGACCAUUAUAGCAAGAAGGACCUGGACGUAUUCUUCAAAACCCUCUACCCAGACUUGAACGUCCCGACAGGAACCUACCCGGAGGAGCGUCUGAUAGACGGAGCGAUUGGAUCCAUCGAGACACCCUCGCCGUUCCCCCUCGAGGUCGGUCUCGAGUCAUCAUUGGAUUUCGACUCUGCUUGGCCUCUCAUUUGGCCACAAGGAACGGUUCUGUACCAGACAGAUGACGAAUAUUACGAGCACAAUUAUACUUUCAAUGGCUUCUGGAACACUUUCUUGGACGCCAUUGACGGGUCCUAUUGUAACUACGCAGCCUUCGGCGAGAAGGGCAACUGUAAUACGCCUGAGUGUCAGGAUCCUCCGUACCCGGAUAAUAACCCCGGCGGAUACACGGGCAAGCUCCAGUGCGGUGUAUACAAGCCGACCAAUGUCAUUUCGAUCUCGUACGGAGGUGGCGAGGCCGACUUGCCGGACUUCUAUAUGAAGCGUCAGUGCUCUGAGUGGCUAAAGCUCGCUCUCCAAGGCACCACAACAGUGAUCUCAUCCGGUGAUUCCGGCGUAGGCGACAACGGCUUCUGCCCGACCAAAGCCGACGGCACCGAGGUAUUCUACCCCGACUACGCCAGUUCGUGUCCCUACGUGCUAUCAGUCGGCAGCACGGAGUGGAACCGGUUCACGAACAGCACGGCCGAGACGCCGUACGAGAAGCUAAAGGAGGUAGCGACGGCGCGGUUCCCGAGCGGCGGAGGCUUCAGCAACGUCUUCCCGCAGCCGUUGUACCAGGCGGCGCAGGUGAACACGUACGUGAACACAGUGGGCAGGACGCUGCCGUUCUCGAGCUACAGCCAGUUCCCGCGCGACGGGGAUUUCUCGCACAUCAGGCAGGGCGUGUACAACCGGCUCGGGCGAGCCUAUCCGGAUGUUGGGGCGGUGGGGGACCGGCAGCUUGUGCUUGGUGGCGGGGACUGGUAUCUGAUCGGUGGCACGUCGUUGUCGGCGCCGGUUUGGGGCGCGGUGUUGACGCUCGUCAACGAGGAACGCCUUAAAGCCAACAAGCCAACGCUAGGCUUCGUGAACCCCAUCUUGUAUGCUCAUCCCGAAGUCUUUAAUGAUGUCACGGAGGGUAGCAACCCCGGGUGUGACACGGUGGGCUUCAAGGCUUCGAAAGGAUGGGAUCCGGUUACUGGACUAGGUUCUCCCAACUUUGCGAAGCUAUCGAAGCUCUUGACUGGCAUCUAGAUAGCACGAUGACUAGAUAUUUUAUCUAGACAUAAGAUCUUUAUCAUUUUGUUGCACGCCUUCCAACGAUGAGCAGCAUUAAUGGAGGCGUUGGAAUGUGUCGGAAAGAGAGAAAAAGGAGGUUACCAGUAUCUGUAGAACUAAUGUGUCAAAGUGGUAAAUUUCACGCACGAAAUAAUCUCUAGAGGCGUGUACCGCGUAGCGCCUAGCCCCAAAAUCCAACAGUAAUGACCAAAAGCGAUCCUAGUUCAAUCUCAAGUGUCUUCGUCAGUUGUGAUGAUAUACCGGUAUGAGUGUUCACACUGAUCCAGCAUCUAAAGGGAUCGCACACCUAUUGGAGAUGUUGCAUUUAAAGCGGCAUCGCAGUAUCGAGGCUAUGUACCUACUCCGUACCUUAAGUAUGUACCUAUGUAGUCAACCGAAGAGUCAAGAUUCGGAGAUUAGAU